AUGCACGUGACUGGCCAGUUCGCUGAGAGGAGACGAGAUAACGUCCCCAACUGCGCUGCCGGGUCGGGCCACCACGCUCUGUCUUGCCUAAGAAGCGGUGGUCAUACAUACCCUUUGGCACGUGGGCCAGAAUGUUCUCCAUGCGCCCCUUCUAAGGAAACCUGUCUCAGUUGGUACCCCUGCGUUCUACAGAAAUGUCAACAGUCGAAGAUAGGAGGAUGUGAAAAGCUUCGGCAGCAGGAGCGUCACCAGAUGCUAGCAGCCGCGUACGACCCCUCCCGGGACCUCUCUCCGAACCUGCCCUGUCAGGAGUCCUCGGACUCCGGAAGCGGCUGCAGCAGCUCCUCUGUCAGUUCGGGCUGCUGCAAGUCCGAGUUUACGCCGUGCCGGGACUGCAGCCCGGAGCCACGGAAGGAGGAAGUGGUCUGUGCAGGUUGCCACCUCAGGAUCACCGAUCGCUUCUACCUCUUCGCCGUCGACCGCAGGUGGCACGCCUCCUGCCUCCAGUGUUCUCAGUGCAGGGUUCCCCUAGACGGCGAAGUUACAUGCUUCGCCAGGGACGGCAGCAUAUUCUGCAAGAAGGAUUACUACAGGUGA